CCCUAGCUAUGUACGUUCUACUUCUUCCACGCAACAAUACGUUCUACUUCUUCCACGCAACAACACCACGUAGGGCCACCCACGGAUCCAUCCAUCCUACGUCGCGAUGCAUCAACGAGCACUCCUCUCCGUCCUAGCAGCAACAUGCUUGGUGCUGCACCAAUUGACGGCGCCCGCGUCGGCGGCCGUGGCGACGUGCGCGCCCAAGGCGUGCGGGAACGUGACGAUCCAGUACCCGUUCUGGCUCACGGACGCCGCCCAGCCGGCGCCCUGCGGCCCGUCGGCGUUCCAGGUGGACUGCCGCGCCGGCCGCGCCUCGCUGGCCCGCUCCUUCCGCGGCGGCUACAAGCUCCUCCGCGUCUCCUACGCCGACCGCACCGUGGUCGUGGCCAACGACAACGUCCAGACGGACGACGCCGGCUGCCCCGUGCCCAAGAUCGACGUCUCCGCCAGCCUCAGUCUCGCGCCCUUCUCCGCCAGCGCCGCCAACCGCCAGCUCCUCUUCCUCUUCAACUGCACGCGUCCCGCCGCGGCAGGGUUCGUCGACGUCACGUGCCCCGGGACGGCGGCCGUGGUGCGACUCGACGCGCGGUACAACACCACCGACGCGAGGGCCGUGGCUGGUGGGUGUGACUAUGCGGUGGUGCCGGUGGCCGGGUUGACGUCGCCGGGCGCCAGCGCCGGGGUGGAGUACCCGCGCCUGCUGAGGGAAGGGUACCUGCUGCAGUGGAGGGCGUCGGCCGGGGACUGCGGCGCGUGCGGCGCCAGCGGCGGCCAGUGCGGGUACGACUCCGACGCCGAGGCGUUCGCGUGCGUUUGCGCCGACGGAUCAUCCCGCCCGGCCAGAUGCGAUGGGAAGAAAUCCAGCAACAAGGUCAUCCUGAUAGCAUCACUGUCCGCCACAACUUGCUUGAUCCUGCUGGUGUGCCUCGUCAUGGCCUUGAAAUUUCAUCGACAAAUCCGCAGCAUGAGUUUUGUAUCCAACAUCAUGGACAAAAACAUCAAAGCUGACAAUGCAAACGUUGAGAAGCUGCUCAAGAAGUACGGCUCCCUGGCUCCCCGGAGGUACAGGUACUCGGAGCUUAAGAAGAUAACCAGCAAUUUCAAGCAGAAGCUCGGCGAAGGCGGCUACGGUGCGGUGUUCCUCGGUACUCUGGGUGAUCGAAGGGCGGUUGCCGUCAAGUUCCUGCACCACUCCAGGCCCAACGGCGAGGAUUUCCUCAACGAGGUGAUCAGCAUUGGCCGGACGUCCCACGUCAACAUCGUCACCUUGCUCGGGUUCUGCCUCGAGGGCUCCAAGCGCGCCCUCGUCUACGAGCACAUGCCCAAUGGCUCCCUCGACAGGUACAUCUACUCAUCACCGGCGUCGAAGCCGGAGUCCCCGGUGACAAGACUCGAGUGGGAGACGCUUCAGGAGAUUGCGGCGGGGGUGGCACGGGGGCUGGAGUACCUGCAUGAGGGGUGCAACACGCGCAUCAUCCACUUCGACGUGAAGCCGCACAACGUGCUGCUGGAUGAAGCGUUCCGGCCCAAGGUGGCCGACUUCGGCAUGGCCAAGCUGUGCGACCCCAUGGAGAGCAUCCUCUCCAUGGCCGACGCCAGGGGCACCGUGGGGUUCAUCGCGCCGGAGGUCUUCUCCCGGGGGUUUGGGGUUGUGUCCGCCAAGUCCGACGUGUACAGCUACGGGAUGCUGCUGCUGGAGAUGGUCGGGGGCCGGAGCAACGUCAAGGCCUACGCCGCCGCCAAGGAGACCGACAUGUUCUUCCCGCUCUGGAUCUACGACCACCUGCUUGGCGACGGCGGCGUGCUGGUCGCGCGACAGGAGGGUGGAGGCGACGCCGAGGAGGAGACCAUCGCGAGGAAAAUGGCGUUGGUCGGGCUGUGGUGCAUACAGACCGUUCCGGCGAACCGGCCGUCGAUGGCCAAGGUGCUGGAGAUGCUGGAGAGGAGCAUCGACGAGCUGGCCAUGCCGCCGAGGCCGUACCACCCUUCUUCUCCUUCCAACUCUCCUUCUCUGUCGCACUCACUGCCGUCGAGCUAUCCAUCUUCUGCAUCGGGCUUCACUCAAGGGUAUGCAUCUCAGCCGUAUCAAGUUACUACUCCCUCUGUUCACUUUUGUAAGAGGUUCUAGACAGCUGAAAUUGAACUGUUUUGGCAGUUGUCUUAAAUCUCUAAAUAUCUUACAAAAGUGAAUGGAGGAAGUAGUACUUAUUACUAUAAAAAAAGUUUCACUGCAUGCUUUCUAGAUAUUUAAUUUCAAACAGAGCAAAAGUAUGUUUAGCAUUGAAAAUCGUCAAUACUAUUAGGAUGUUUGAUCACUUAUGAAAUUUGAUGAACUACAAUAUAUGUUUCUUUCGACCAGAUCAAGAUCGUUUACAACAGAGAGCACAAAAUAACAAAAAGACUCUGUUGUACAGUCAGCAGAAAAAGAAGCAGGGAUGUCCCGCGAGCAAAGUCAACGUUAGACGUUCGUAACCAUGUCCUGUGAUGCAUGGAGGGGCGAUGGACAACAGCAAUACUACCGAGCGAUGUCCGCAUCUCCGUGCGUAUCGCUACGUAUAUAGGUCCAAUUAUUAUUGAAGCCUGAAGGAAUAUGUGAUUUGUCCUUUAAAUAGUUAAUACCCCAUAUGUGAGAAAUACAUAGACAACUUGUUUACACAGAUGACAUGUAUAAUUGUACUUAAUGGUGGUUUACCAGUAUUAAUCAACUAAAUUAUGAGAGAUUUGUGUUUUUUCACCUUC